GCGACGACACGCCGAACAGGUGGCCGGAGGCUCCGGCGCCGCGCGGGCAGAGGCGGGCGAGCCCCGGGCCAGGCGAGGCGAGGCCGGCGGGCCGGGCAUGCGAGCCGAUCUGAUCCCCGGCCUCGGCCCCUAGCCUCGCGCCCGCGCCGCGCCCCGCGCCCCGCGCCCCGCGUACAGCCGCCCCGGCCCGGGGCGCUCCGACCUCUCCGGCCGCGGUCACUGAGGGGCGUGGGCCGGCCCGCGGCGGCGGCGGCGGCGGCGGCGGCGGCGGCAUGAAAGUGACCGUGUGCUUCGGGAGGACCCGGGUGGUCGUGCCGUGCGGGGACGGCCACAUGAAAGUUUUCAACCUCAUCCAGCAAGCGGUGACCCGCUACCGGAAGGCCAUCGCCAAGGAUCCCAACUACUGGAUACAGGUGCAUCGACUGGAGCAUGGAGAUGGAGGAAUUCUCGAUCUCGAUGACAUCCUCUGUGAUGUGGCGGAUGAUAAAGACAGACUGGUAGCAGUGUUUGAUGAGCAGGACCCGCAUCACGGAGGUGACGGCACCAGUGCCAGCUCCACAGGCACCCAGAGUCCGGAGAUGUUUGGCAGUGAGCUCGGCACCAACAGUGUUUCAGCCUUCCAGCCUUACCAAGCAACGAGUGAGAUCGAGGUCACCCCUUCAGUCCUCCGUGCCAAUAUGCCUCUUCACGUCCGACGAAGCAGUGACCCAGCCUUAAUUGGCCUCUCCACGUCUGUCAGUGAUAAUAACUUCUCCUCUGAAGAACCUUCACGGAAAAACCCCACGCGCUGGUCGACAACCGCUGGCUUCCUCAAACAAAACACCGCCGGCAGCCCUGCAGCUUGUGACAGGAAGAAAGAUGAAAACUACAGAAGCCUCCCACGGGACACUAGUAACUGGUCUAACCAAUUUCAGAGAGACAAUGCUCGCUCAUCUCUGAGUGCCAGUCACCCAAUGGUGGACAAGUGGCUGGAGAAGCAAGAACAGGAUGAGGAUGGCACAGAGGAAGACAGCAGCCGUGUUGAGCCCGUGGGGCACGCCGACACUGGUGUGGAGAACGUACCCAGCUUUUCUCUGGAUGAUAUGGUAAAGCUCGUACAAGUCCCCAACGAUGGAGGGCCUCUGGGAAUCCAUGUAGUGCCUUUCAGUGCUCGAGGCGGCAGAACCCUGGGGUUAUUAGUAAAACGAUUGGAGAAAGGUGGUAAAGCUGAACAAGAAAACCUUUUUCAUGAGAAUGAUUGCAUUGUCAGGAUUAAUGAUGGCGACCUUCGAAAUAGAAGAUUUGAACAAGCACAACAUAUGUUUCGCCAAGCCAUGCGGACAUCCAUCAUUUGGUUCCAUGUGGUUCCCGCAGCCAAUAAAGAGCAGUACGAACAACUGUCCCAAAGCGAGAGGAACAAUUACUAUUCGAGCCGCUUCAGCCCCGACAGCCAGCAUGUGGAUCACAGGAGUGUGAACAGUGCGGGGCCGCAGGCUCUGCCGAGGGCGCCCCGGCCGAACCCCCUGCCCGAGCACGCGGACCCUCACCCCCGACUCCUACCUCAGAGCGCACAGCCCUCGGGAAAGCCGCCCACUGCUCCGGGCCCAGCCGUACACCACGUGUUCAGUCCCAGCAGUAGUUACAACACCAAAAAAGUAGGCAAGAAGCUUAACAUCCAGCUUAAGAAAGGUACAGAAGGUUUGGGAUUCAGCAUCACUUCCCGGGAUGUGACAAUAGGUGGCUCAGCUCCAAUUUAUGUGAAAAACAUCCUCCCACGAGGGGCUGCCAUCCAAGAUGGCCGACUGAAGGCGGGAGAUAGACUCAUAGAGGUAAAUGGAGUUGAUCUAGCAGGCAAAUCCCAGGAGGAAGUUGUUUCGCUGUUGAGAAGCACCAAGAUGGAAGGGACCGUGAGCCUUCUGGUCUUUCGCCAAGAAGAUGCCUUCCACCCAAGGGAACUGAAUGCAGAGCCAAGCCAGAUGCAGAUUCCAAAAGAAACGAAAGCAGAAGAUGAGGAUACUGUUCUCACACCUGAUGGCACCAGGGAAUUUCUGACGUUUGAAGUUCCGCUGAAUGAUUCAGGAUCUGCUGGUCUUGGCGUCAGUGUCAAAGGUAACCGGUCAAAGGAGAACCACGCAGAUUUAGGAAUCUUCGUCAAGUCCAUUAUUAAUGGAGGAGCAGCAUCUAAAGAUGGGCGGCUUCGGGUGAACGAUCAACUGAUAGCAGUGAAUGGAGAAUCCCUGUUGGGCAAAACAAACCAGGAUGCCAUGGAAACCCUCCGGAGGUCCAUGUCCACCGAAGGGAACAAGCGAGGAAUGAUCCAGCUUAUUGUGGCGAGGAGAAUAACCAAAGGCACCGAGCUGAAGUCACCUGGGAGCCCCUCUGGACCUGAGCUGCCCAUUGAAACGGUGUUGGAUGAUAGAGAACGAAGGAUUUCCCACUCCCUCUACAGCGGGCUUGAGGGACUUGAUGAAUCGCCCACGAGAAAUGCUGCGCUCAGCAGGAUAAUGGGUGAGUCAGGUAAAUACCAGCUGUCCCCCACGGUGAAUAUGCCCCAAGAUGACACUGUCAUUAUCGAGGAUGACAGGCUGCCAGUACUCCCCCCACAUCUCUCUGACCAGUCAUCUUCCAGCUCCCACGAUGAUGUAGGAUUUGUGACAACGGACACUGGCGCGUGGGCCAAGGCCGGCAUCAGUGAGUCAGCAGAGUGCUCUUUGAGUCCAGACGUCGAUCCAGUUCUUGCUUUUCAACGAGAGGGAUUUGGACGUCAGAGUAUGUCAGAAAAACGCACAAAGCAAUUUUCAGAUGCCAGUCAAUUGGAUUUCGUUAAAACGCGAAAAUCGAAAAGCAUGGAUUUAGGUAUAGCUGACGAGACUAAACUCAAUACAGUGGAUGACCAGAAAGCAGGUUCUCCCAGCAGAGAUGUGGGGCCUUCCUUGGGUCUGAAGAAGUCAAGCUCUUUAGAGAGUCUGCAGACAGCAGUCGCUGAGGUGACUUUGAAUGGGGACAUUCCUUUCCAUCGCCCGCGGCCGCGGAUAAUCCGAGGAAGGGGAUGCAAUGAAAGCUUCAGAGCUGCCAUUGACAAGUCCUAUGAUAAACCCGUGGCAGAUGAUGACGAUGAAGGCAUGGAGACAUUGGAAGAAGACACGGAAGAAAGUUCAAGAUCAGGGAGAGAGUCUGUCUCCACAGCCAGCGACCAGCCUUCCCACUCUCUGGAGAGACAGAUGAAUGGAAACCAAGAGAGAGGCGAGAAGACCGAUCGGAGGAAGGAGAAAAUGGGGAAAGAGAAGAAGAAGGACAGAGACAAGGAGAAGGAGAAGAUGAAAGCCAAGAAGGGGAAGCUGAGGGGCCUGGGAGACAUGUUCAGGUUUGGCAAACAUCGAAAAGAUGACAAGAUUGAGAAAACGGGUAAAAUAAAAAUGCAGGACUCCCUUACAUCAGAAGAGGAGAGAGUACGGAUGAAGCAGGAGCAGGAAAGGAUUCAAGCGAAAACUCGAGAAUUUAGGGAGCGACAGGCUCGGGAGCGUGACUAUGCUGAAAUCCAAGAUUUUCAUCGGACAUUUGGCUGUGAUGAUGAGUUGAUGUACGGGGGAAUUUCUUCCUAUGAAGGUUCCAUGGCUCUCAGCACCAGACCCCAGAGCCCGAGAGAAGGGCAUAUGAUGGAUGCUUUGUAUGCCCAAGUGAAGAAGCCGCGGAAUUCCAAACCUUUACCUGCAGACAGCAACAGAUCAACUCCUAGCAACCAUGAUCGGAUACAGCGUCUCCGGCAAGAAUUUCAGCAAGCAAAGCAGGAUGAAGAUGUGGAAGAUCGGCGACGUACCUAUAGCUUUGAACAACCCUGGCCCAACUCCAGACCGUCGGCGCAGAGCGGCCGGCACUCGGUGUCAGUGGAGGUGCAGAUGCAGCGGCAACGGCAGGAAGAACGUGAGAGCUUCCAGCAGGCCCAGCGCCAGUACAGCUCCCUGCCCCGGCAAAGCAGGAAAAACGCCAGCUCCGUCUCCCAGGAUUCUUGGGAGCAAAACUAUUCCCCUGGGGAAGGCUUCCAGAGUGCCAAGGAGAACCCCAGGUAUUCCAGCUACCAAGGCUCCCGGAACGGCUACCUGGGCGGGCAUGGCUUCAACGCCAGGGUCAUGCUGGAGACCCAGGAGCUCCUCCGCCAGGAGCAGAGGCGGAAAGAGCAGCAGAUGAAGAAGCAGCCCCCUCCCCCCGAGGGGCUCAACAACUAUGACUCAUAUAAAAAAGUCCAGGACCCCAGUCACAUCCCCCCCAAGGGGCCCUUCCGGCAGGACGUCCCCCCCUCCCCUUCUCAGGUCGCCAGGCUGAACAGACUCCAGACUCCUGAGAAAGGGAGACCCUUCUAUUCCUGAGAAGGAGAAGAACAGACUCUUCGUGUCAUGCAAUAAAGGACAUUUUCCUAUGAAGACUUGUAUUUUGGGAGUUUUUUUGAAACCUCGGUGGUAGUAUGGAAUAUUUCUGUUGCUGGUAUUAGUGCCUUUAAGCAGUGUGGGCUAUUCGAUGGAAGCCCUUAAUGUCUUUGCCACUGUGUCCCAAGUGUCUGUUUCAUGGAAGGACUUCCCGCCAUCUGACAAUCACCUGUUCGAGGCAUCGUACGCUCUGCAUCUCUCAGGUACUGGGAAUCUGGCCCAGCCCGGGAGACGUCGUGGCUUCGUGUUACCGCCCCCUGCAGCUUGUGGUAACAGAUUACCCUGAAGUCAAGGGUGACGCUGGACCCUCUUUUUUCCCUUUAAGUUUCUUAGGUGAGGUGACAUCUCCAUCUCUGGUGGAUGAAAGUGGGUGACACACACCAGAAAUUGGGACUCCGUGGUACUUCCCGGCACAGUCAUUUUUAAUCCUUUGUAACCAGUAUGGUCUCCCUUUUCUCUCUCAGCCCCUUGCGACAAGAAAGUUCCUUCAUCUAAAAGGAGCUAAGCCAUAUUCCAACACCGUCUGUUUAUCGGGGGGGGGGGGGUCCUCUUGUAACUGCCUUAUAACUCAGUGUUACCAAUAAAGUGAUUAUUCUGUCUGUGUGUAUAAAUACCCUUGCUCUCAGUCCUGCCCCUCACAUGUGUGUUGAGUCAUGGCUCUGCGUGGGGAACAGGGGAGACAGGCGUCAGCCCUGGUGGGGCAGGGGGCCGCCCACCCGCCGGCCCAGUGUGUGUCAUGACACGGUGGGUGGUAGCUAAGGAAAGAAAGAAUUCUCCCAGGAUGAGCGUCUGGCCCAGUACAUCCCAGCCAUUCUUUGUAAAUUAGUUGCUGUUUGAAGAGUUGGCAGGAAGGGCCUAGCAUGGAGCAGAGAUCAGUCGGACACUCACUUCGGGAUUCCAGAACCUCACCUGCUUUCUCCGGUUUUUAAAGUCGGUCGCAAUGGACGGUUGUCUGUUCAUCCACCUGCUGUCUCUCUGCCUGGGGAUGUCAUCCAGGUUUCAAGAUAAUUCUGCCAUGAAAUAGAAAAGGUAAAUAAGAAGAAAGGCUGUUCCACAUGCCACAGAACAUUCUGGUGUCCCCAAACAGGGAGAACAGAAGAUUGCCCUGGUGUCAAUACGUUAAUGUACGUGCGGGUCACGAGGACCUGGGUUACUCCUGUGUUCCCGUCUUCUCAUUUGUUGGUCUGAACAUCCUGUUGUAAACCGUGGCUGGAUUGCUAAAGUGCCUGCAAAUCCCGAUGUGAGAAAAGCUGGAGAUGAAAGCUCAGCAUACUGUGUGUUAACAAAAAAGAAAAAAAAAGACAUGUACCGAUACGCCUAUUUUCUAUUUUUUAUUUUUACCGGCACAUUGUAUUUUUGUGUCCACUUCUUUUUAGAAAAUAUGUGAGGGGUUCAUCCCCGUACCUACGUCUCUUUCGCAUUUCUGUGUAAUGGUUCUGUUUGUUCACGGAACAUAGCGAUGUUGAAAUGGUGUGACCAGUGUAAGCGUGGUGACCUCCGACGACAGUUGCUCUUCCUCACAGCCUCCCCUGUGCUGUGAGAAACAGCUUUCCCUGUACAUAUGAGACUUCUAAUAAAAGGCAUAUUUCUUCCUGUUC